CCCCUCCCUCCCCCCCGUUUUUUCUCCCUCCCUCCCUCUCCCCUCCCCCCCCCGCGCCCCCAUUCCGGCCCGAGCUGGGGGGGGGCCGGGCGCCGGGCGCCGGGGGCAGAGUCCGGCCCGAGCCCGCCUGGCCCCAUGGACAGCUCGGCCGUCAUCACUCAGAUUAGCAAAGAAGAGGCGCGGAGUCCGCUACGGGGAAGAGGUGAUCAGCCAUCAUCGCCUUCAAAGAAGCCCCGGAGCAGGGGAAUCUUCCAUUCCCUGUUUUGCUGCGUGUGUCAUGAGGACCCUGAGCCUUUGCCCAUUAACAAUAAUGCCCCUCUGCUGGUGGAGGAGAACGGCACUGUUCCCAAGGCACCGGCUAAAUAUCUGCUUCCCGAAGCCAAAGCCCAGGACUUGGGCAAAAUCUGUGUAGUCAUCGACCUGGAUGAGACCUUGGUGCACAGUUCAUUUAAGCCCGUGAACAACGCAGACUUCAUCAUCCCUGUGGAAAUUGAUGGAAUGGUUCACCAGGUCUAUGUGCUGAAGCGGCCCCAUGUGGAUGAGUUCCUGAAGCGGAUGGGGGAGUUGUUUGAGUGUGUGCUGUUCACGGCCAGCCUGGCCAAGUACGCAGACCCCGUUGCUGACCUGCUGGACAAGUGGGGUUCUUUCCGGGCCCGGCUCUUCCGAGAGUCCUGUGUCUUCCACCGAGGGAAUUAUGUCAAAGACCUGAGCCGCCUGGGCCGGGACCUCCGGAGGGUGCUCAUCUUGGACAACUCUCCAGCAUCUUACGUCUUCCAUCCAGACAAUGCUGUACCGGUGGCCUCAUGGUUUGACAACAUGGGCGACACGGAGCUUCAGGACCUCCUUCCUUUCUUCGAACGGCUCAGCCGCGUUGACGAUGUCUACUCGGUGCUCAAACAACGUCGGACUGAGAGCUAGUGGGAGCUGGGGCUGGCGCCUCUUCCUGGCCUCCCGCUCCUAGGCCACCCUGCUUGGCUCACAGAGCUGUCUGGCCAGGCACUCGCCUCCCCUGAGCCCAGACCUCAGCAUCAUGGAAGCCAAUCUCCCCCCUUCACACCUGAACUUCCGGUCACCCUCUUCUUUCUUCCUCUUCUUUUUUUAAAGAAACAAAUCAAUUUUUAAAUUCAGUGCCAUGGGGAAGGACUCUAUCCCCUUACCACUGCCACCAGCCGGCCCAGGCCACUUCGCCAGCCCCAGAAUGGAUAAGAGUGAUCGGAGAGACAAAGGGGCAGCAAGACCGAAGAUGGCUUCAGGCUUCCCCUCCUCUGUCCGACUCCCGGCACAUCUGGCUGGGUUCUUCAGUACCAAGCAUCAGUGCCUUAGAUACCCUCCUGCCCCAGAAAAGGGAUUUUGGAUGGGGGUGGGGUUUAAGGUUGGAGGAGGGAACCCCCAACCCUUCUCCUUCUUUUUCCUCUCUUCUAGUGUUGCUGAAUUUCUCUGCUGCCAAAUUUGGGGACCCUUCUUAGGAAGGUGGGGAAGGGGAGGAGAGGGGAAUGGUUCUCAGUGUUUCAAUCUCUGUGACCCAGUGCCUCAACCCCCUGAACUGCCCGCUCCCACCCCAACCCCAGCCUGGCCUCUCGGUAGGCAAGGUUGGAUUUUACAAAGUGCCUUGUUCAGAACCCCUUCUCCCCAGAGGUUUGGGGUGGUCAGGAAAAAUAUAGGAGAUUUCCCCAAAGCAGGUUUCUCCCUAAAAUCAGUCCAGUAGGGAAGGAAGGGAGGGGAGGUUUGACUCUGUCCCUCUGGGGCAACUCCCACAUCUUCCCUCUGAAAUGGAUUCUUUUCUCUUUCAAUUAGUGCCUUUUUAAAAGGGGAGGGUAACAGUUACAGAUGGGGAAACUGAGGCAUGUCAAAGAAGGGCCUACUGCUCUAGACUUGAGAAAGACCCACAAAUACUACCCCUGACCCAUAGGGUCUGCAGGGAGGGGGGCAAGGGGGCAAAUCUGGGAAUCCCCUCGGUAAUGUAACUUUAGCAGGCCUGGGAGGUCCAUCUUGCCCCAGCUCUUUCUGCCUUCCUUGCACCAACACACACACACACACACACCAUCACGCCUGCCUUAAUCAUCAUUGCCCCAGGCCAAAUGAAGCAGCCAUUUGGGUGUGACUAGCCCUUUCAGGGAGGAGGGAGAAGGGGCUGGGGACCAGGGCUCCCAGCCCCCACUGUACCAUAUAAAUAUGUAUAUGUGUAUAUAGAUUUUUAGAGGAAGGGGCAGGGAGGAUGAAAGGGUGGGAAGUCACUCCUUAUCCCUCUUCUAGGCCCAGGACCCAAGGGGUAAAGGAGGGGGGGGGGAUGGGAAAGGAUUUUUACAUUUUUUAAAUUGCUAUUUUCUGAAAGGAGCCAGUGAGUCUUGGAGAUGCCAGUCUCUCAUCGCCCUGCUCCACUCCUACUCCGGCCCCACCAGUCCUGGAACUAAAUCCCCAUACUCCCUGGUGGAUAAUUUGGCUGAAAGGUUUGGUUGCAGCCCCCAAGUGGGGUGGAGUUGAGGGCAUCUGGGAUCUCCGGAGCAGUUCCUCCCUGAGCUCAGUGCAAUUCAAUGCCUGCUUCUCUCUCUCCACUUUCCAUCUGCCCCCUGCUUGGGGUCUGGCUUAAGGUGACUAUGAGAAUCCCCCUUCUACCCAGAGGUGAUCUCUCACUCUCCCAGCAGACUCCUGGUCCCAGUGUUACCCCACGGGGCUAUUAAGAUGUCAAGAGUUCUGGUGGCCAGACCAGACUCCUAGCGCCAACCCAAGCCAUACAGGCUCAUUGGGGUGAGCUCCCACAAAACCCAGAGCCUGUGCCCCCUCCCUCCCACCCAGAUGCCCUUGGUUGGAAGGUAGACCCAAGGGUUGGCCCACUGGCCUCUUCCAGUGCCAAGGGGGAGUCAGGGUGACAAUACAUAUCAGAGUGUUUUCUUAUUCCUCUUAAACAAAGUGUAGAGGGAAGAUUGGGCAGGGUUGGUGUAAAAUACAGCCUCAUAUAAGUGCCUUUUGUGGGACCCUGAUAUGAUGGGAGUUCCUUGAGUGAUAAAGAGAAAACCAGACCCCUCUCAA